GGAUAUUAGUAGCGCGCCAACUGCAGAACAGCAAAAACGUAACCAAGCGAUACCUGGAUAUAUUGUGUCUAAGCCCCAAAUAGUUUGAUCUUUAAAUCACACACACUCACACAACACAACACACAAUGAAGUGCUUCAUUUUGGCUGCGCUGUUGCUGGCCACCGCCGCCAGUGGCGAGAACAUCUUCAAAAUAAACAUCACGCCAGAGGAGGCACAACAGUUUCUAAACAGCGCCCAGUUGCGUGGCAUUGGAGAUAUCGAGUUUGCCCCAAAGACUGGGGAGAAUCCCCUGCCCGAGGCCAGGAAUGAGCAGGGACAGUUCGUGUACAUGGGUCGUGUGAUCGAGCAUCCCGAGGAGUAUGUGGAGGAGCACUACGACGCCCAUCAGUACCAUGGACAGGAUGGUCUGGGACAGUUUGCGUACGGCUACAGGGACUGGAAUCAGGGAAAGAACGAGAAGCGUGACGAGACCGGAAAAGUCACCGGAUCCUAUAAGUAUGUCCAGCCCCAUGGCCGCGACUUUAUCGCCAACUACUAUGCCGACAAGUCUGGUUUCCAUGUCGAGGACAAUCGUCCCGCCCAUCUGAAGUUGCCAGCCACCAAGACCCCAGCCGUUCUGAAGGCCGAGGAGGAGCACUUCAGGCUGUGGGGAGAGCUGGCCGCCGCCGCUGGUCACAAUCCCGAUCCAUAUGCCGCCGAGUACCAACAGGAGGGUCGCUACCAGCCGACGGAUGCCGAGACCCGCGAAUACGUGCACGAGGAGCCCGCCUAUGUGCCUGGACCCGAGGAGACUGGCGAGCCCAAGGGCUUCUUCUAUGCCUUCGACUACAAUGUGCCGCUGCUGCGUAACAAGGAGGAGCGCGCCGAACUGGAGCGUCUGAGGGCCGUCAACAACAAGGAUGAGUAGGACCUUCGGUCGCCCUGUAUAGGAAGUUCUGUAGAAAGUAGCAGCAUAUUCAUCAGCAUAUCUUAGAUAUCAAGUAUUUAUUACCUCCUUUGAAAUAAAUUGCAGAUUAAACUACA